AUGACUCUCUUCAGCCACACACCCGCUAAGGCCGUGACUUUCCUCGUAGUCGUCAUCGCCUCUGCAGUGCUCCUUUCCGCCCCUGCGCGCGUCUCUGCCGCCGGGAAACCCGCCAACGCGACUGCGCCUGCCAACGCGACUAAGCCUGCCAACUCAACUGCUUAUGCUAAGGGGGUUGCUGCUGGCGCGAUUGGCUCUGCAAACGCAACCACGCGUGCCGUGGCGGCGACGGCGAGGCAGAGCAAGAGCUCGGGGCUAGGAAACGACUCCACCUGCGCCUAUUACGCAAACUACACCGCCAACCCCUACUUUGGCAAGGGGCUCACCGUGAAGCUUCCUCCCGCCAUCUUCGGCAAGCGCUGCGGCGCGUGCUACAAGGUGACUUGCGCCAACGACACGAAGCACUGCCGCAGCGGCAAGGCGACCGUGACGGUCCGCGUCAUUGGCGCGACGACCACGGAGAAGGAGAUUUCGCUUUCCCCCGUGUCGUGGUCCAAGAUCGUGCAGGGAUCCGUUGCCACCCCCGUCGGCAUCACGUACAAGCGCACCAACUGCCACUCGACCCUCGGAUCCGCGGUGCGCGUGCGCCGCAAUUCGACGGCAGAGGAUUUCAACAUUCAGAUGGUGGGUCUCGCCGGCCCCGGUACGCUCAAAGAGGUCGAGAUUAGCGCGGACGGCAAGAAGUGGGCGAAGCUGACGCGAGACGGCAGCAAGGCGAUCUGGGGGAUCAAGGGCAAGGAGGCGAAGGAGGUUGUGGGCGCGAAGAAGGCGGUGAGCGUUCGCCUGACUGCGGGACACACCCUCGAGAAGAUCACUCUCGACAAGGUCCUUCCCGCCGACUGGAAGCCGCAGACGCUGUACUCGAGCAAGACCAACUUCAAGAAGCUCAUGGCCGAGGCUAAGCUGGCGCAGUCCCUCAUGGCUUGCAGGGCAGUGAGGCCGACGACAGGGAGAGCAGCGGCAGACUCGAAGGUGAGGGAGGAGGGCUUGCGCGCACUGAGGACAGUUUCCAGUAGGGCGUAUUGCACCAGGGCGCCCAUCGUUUGGGAGAAGAGGAGUGAGAAUACAGAAGGGGUAUGA